CACCAACAAGCCAACAAGGUCACAUCACAAAGCACACACCGUCAGCCAUCACACACAAGCAACAGCGCGAAGAUGAGCAAGUCCGUGACGGAGACCAGCAAUGAGCUGACGGAUGGGCUGGACAUGGCAAGCCCGGAGCAGAUUGUGCGCUUGCUGCGUCAGGCUGAUGCGCAGAUGUUCAGUGGGUGGCGCGAAUUCCCAGGCAUCAAUGACACCUCCACUAUCGACACCAUGGCGGAGCUUGCUGAGGUCGCUUCCACCAUCCUUGCCGCCUCACCGCACACCAAGCCCGCGCGGCGGACAGCAGCCAAGGGGCAGGGCUUCAAGCUGUCGGCGUCUGCAAACACCUCUGCCAAGGCCACGUCCCCGAUGACGUGCGUGCACUCGCCGACUCUUGCUGCGUCCGUGUACGCGACAUCAAGGGUCGUCAUCACUGGCAGCGGCACGUCUGGUCGCAUGGCCUUCUUCAUCUGCCGCGCCUUCAAUGAGAUGAUGCUGCGGUCCGGCCGCGCCCCUUGCUUUGAGUACCUGCAUGCAGGAGAAGAUCCGGCCCUGUUCGUGUCGCGGGAGGCUCCCGAGGACAACUGGCAGCUGGCGCAGCGCCGCCUGGCAGAGGUCAUGUCCCGCUCCGAGCGCAUCAUGCUCGUCGGCAUCACGUGCGGCCUCUCGGCCCCGUUUGUCGCCAGCCAGCUCGAGUAUGCCAUGGGCUUCCUCAACUCCAAGGUGCACGCCGUGGCCCUGCUCGGAUUCAACCCCGUGGAGCGCGCACGCAACGCGCCCGUCGAGGGCUGGCACCGCACGGUCGCCGACGUCGUGCAGGAGAUGGCACGGCGCAGGGCGGAGGGCGAGCCCUGCUUCAUCCUCAACCCCGUCGUUGGACCAGAGGCCGUCACAGGGUCCACGCGCAUGAAGGGCGGUUCGGCCACCAAGUUCCUGCUGGAGAUUGUGUUUGAGCGGGCGUUUGUGGCCAUGGCUGCCAACGUGGCGACACCUGGCCCGUCCACGCCGUCAACACCGGAAACCCGGCGCCGUGGCAGCCGCGACUGCAGGGCGGAUCGGCGCACGCACUCGCCAUCGCCAGCCCGCGCAACAAGCGGCGCAGUCUCGUCAUCAUCACAGGAGACCGCUACCGUGGACUCGGCCACCGCAGCAACGACGACGCCGACGACAGUACCAGCCGAGCCAGCAGCCACGGCAGCCACUGCACCAACGGCAGCCACGGCAGAACAAGGGUCCUCCAACAACCAUCACACCCUGCAGAGCAUCCUGUUCCCGUUCCUGCGUCGCCACCACCAGCAGCACCAUCACCGCCACCACCAGCGCCACCAUCACCGCCGCACUGGCAGCGCCACAUCGUCACCCGACAGCCAACAGCAGCAGCAGCAGCAGUCGCAGCUGUGCGAGGGCGGGUGUCUUGGACGCGCCAGCAUCAGCGCUCUCCUGAUGAACUAUGAGGCAGCGGUGCGCGCCACGUAUCUUUCGCUUGUCGAUAUUGCCACUGUUGUUGCCAUGGGAGCUGAGGCCCUGAGCAAGGGCGGGCACAUCUACUACCUCGGCCGCAACUCAUAUGGCCUUGCCGCCGUGAUUGACGCGAGCGAGUGCCAGCCCACGUACAAUGCGCGCUUCGAGGAUGUGCGUGCGUUCCUGUGUGGCGGGUAUGCGACGCUGCGCAACGUGCAGGGCGACCUGUCGUCCCACUCGCGUGACUUCCGCCUCGGUUGGUGCCACUUCGGCGAGGACAUUGUGCCGACGCUGACUUCACACGACCUCGUCGUUGUCGUGGAUGGCGCGUACACGUGUGCAGACACGCCGGCGGCGAUGGAGGACGAGAAGCUGCUGCCGUCCAUCCUGACGGACGUCAAGGCCAAGGGCGCCGCGCUCGUUGCAGCCGUGGUCGGUGAUGUGCAGUGCAAGGCCACCUCCCACCCGGUCUACGCAUCAUCGUCAUCAUCAUCAUCACCAUCAUCAUCGUCAUCAUCGCCUGUGGAUGAGGUGUUACAGCAGGAGUUGUCGAGCCCACAGCGUUUUGAUUUUGUUCUGCGCGUGGAUCUGCAGCACGUGGCGUUUGAUACGCUCCCCAUCCCCGUGUUUGCUGAAAUUGCGAUGAAGCUCGUUCUAAACGCAAUUACAACAGGCGCGUUUGUCCUCACGGGCAAAGUCAUGAAGAACCGCAUGAUCGACCUGCAGGUGAGCAACAACAAGUUGUUCUUCCGCUCGCUGGGAAUCAUCCAGGAGUUUUCGGGCGUGAGCGAAACACACGCGCGCACCGCUCUCCUCCGCUCCAUUUACGACUGCACAGACGUCUCAAAGGAGGUGUGUGAUGCGCCCAUCAGCCAGCACAUCCGCAGCGCCGUCGCUGCUGCCCAGGCCGCCCAUCGCGUCGUCCCAACAGCGGUCGUUCUCGCGUCCCAGCCCGAUCUCUCCCCAGACGCAGCGAGGAAGCUGCUGGCUGCACACCCCAUUGUCGCACACGCCCUCAGCGAACUCAACUAGGCAUGUGAAGCACUCUCUGUAGUUUUGUUUGUUUGUGUCUGUGUCUGUGUGUGUGUGUCUGUGUGUGUGUGUGUGUCUGUAUUCGUGCGCAAUUUCCAGAGUGAACCUCUUUUUCUCCUUGCGCGUGUCUGUAUGUCUCUCUGUGCGCAUGCUUCUCCCUGUGUGUGCUGUGUGAUGGAUUAGGGCUUUGCAUCGAAACUACACUUUGAUUGUCUGCCGACAUCGGUUUGCGUUUGUGCACGUGCGGUUUUGGAUGUGGGAAUGAACAAACAUGUCAAACAUAGCCAAGACAAGCGAUGCACGUAUGAACACUGUGG